AUGAUAUCUUCUAAUAUUUUAUUACUAUCAAUUGUUGUUGUUGUUGUAGUUCAAUCAUCAUCAGUAACAUUAAAUACCGUUGGAAAAUGUUUAGGUGAUUUAACAACACAAGAACUUGCCGGUUCAUAUAAUUAUCUUCAAUUAUCAUCAAAACUUGGUACAACAAAUGCUUAUCCAGGUUUUUCAAGUUUAUUUAUUAAAUUAAGCGAAGAUGAUGCAUCAAAAGCUCAUGAUAUUGUCAAAUUUUUAGCAUUACGUAAAAUUAAAUUAGAUCGAUUAGUCAAUGGAAAAGGUGUUUCAAUUCGUGAUGAAAUCAAAAAUGCCAAUACUAUUGAUCUUAGUUUAAAAGAAGCUCGUCAUCAAAAUACAAAUGCAUUGAAAAUAGUUCAACGAUGUCAUCAAGACGCUAACAAUAUAAAUGAAGCUAAUAUUCAAGAUUAUCUUGAAUCUCAUCUAUUAGAAUAUCAUAUUAAAAUUGAUAAACUUUUAGAAGAUUUUCAACAUCGUCUUGAUGAUGCUGAAGCAGUAGACAAAGAAUUAACAAUAUUUAUGCUUGAUGAAGAACUUUUAAAUACGUAUGGUGAUCAACGUAAAGAUAUUUUCGCUUAA